CAUUGCAUCAUCCAACUCACAAUCUUAUCAUUCACAACCCAACAACACUCUUUAUUUCAGGUAAGCUCCGACCACCACCACCACCGCCGCCGAUUUCCUCCAGUUUUGAGCAAAACCCAUCUCUAAAAUCAUCGAAAAAUGAGUAUUGUAAAUCUCACAACAUUGUUCUAUGGAGCACCCAUUGGAACCAGACCUAUAGCCUUUCGUUACCCGAUCCGAUAUACUCAACCCGUUUAUUCAUCCUCUUCAUCUUCGAUCUCUGCGAUUUUGACCAAAGAACAGCAAUCGAAGCUACCAGCUGACAAAAUGAAAGAAACCCAGUUGGAAUUCCAGUUUGAUUUCAAGUCUUACAUGGUGGAAAAAGCUAAUUCGGUGAAUCAAGCCCUAGACGCCGCCGUUUCACUCAAGGAACCGGUAAAGAUCCAUGAAUCCAUGCGGUACUCCCUCCUCGCCGGCGGGAAACGCAUCCGACCGAUGCUGUGUAUCGCCGCCUGCGAAAUCGUCGGAGGCGACCAGUUAACCGCCAUGCCCUCCGCCUGCGCUGUUGAGAUGAUUCACACCAUGUCUUUAAUGCACGACGACCUCCCUUGCAUGGAUAACGACGACUUCCGCCGUGGAAAGCCCACCAACCACAUGGUGUACGGCGAAGACAUCGCUGUUCUCGCCGGCGACGCCUUACUCUCAUUCUCCUUCGAACACAUCGCCACCGCCACCAAAAACGUGUCACCCGACCGGAUUCUCCGAGCCGUCGCCGAACUCGCGAAGUGUGUCGGCUCCGAAGGCCUCGUCGCCGGUCAGGUUGUCGAUAUUUGCUCCGAAGGUGCCGACGUCGGAUUAGAGCACCUCGAGUUCAUCCAUUUACACAAGACGGCGGCGUUGCUGGAAGCUUCCGUCGUCCUCGGCGCCAUUAUGGGCGGCGGCUCCGACGAAGAAAUCGAAAAACUCCGAACAUUUGCUCGAUCGAUCGGACUUUUGUUUCAGGUGGUGGAUGACAUUCUUGACGUGACAAAAUCUUCAGAAGAAUUGGGGAAAACCGCCGGAAAAGAUUUGGUGGCUGACAAAACCACAUAUCCAAAGUUAUUGGGGAUCGAGAAAUCAAGAGAAUUUGCAGAGAAAUUGAACAAGGAGGCACGACAACAGUUGUCGGAAUUCGAUCAUCGGAAAGCUGCUCCUUUAAUUGCUCUUGCUGAUUACAUUGCUUAUAGGCAAAAUUGAUCCAUUUUUCCAUCACCCAUUUUAUAAAACUUCUAGAAUUUACAAUUUUAUAUAGUUAUAUCUAUCUAUCUAUUUAUCUAUCUAUCUGUCUAUUUGAUGAUUUACUGAACCCCUUAUUCAUGUCGUUAAUCUGUGGAUUCUUGUUUUUUGUUUCGAAUUAUGUGUAUGUUUGUUUCA